GCCUGAAAGCGAGAUGAGCGCUGCACCCCAUAGUCACCUUUGACUGGACUUAACCAUCCAGGGGUCCUUUACCUUUUACCUUUGUACACACCAUAAUUUUAAAGCUCAUUCAAAGCACAUUCUUUCCCUCAAAGAAUUAUGGGCGCUGCGGUUUACUCCUCAUAGUGUUCCAGCACCUCUUAAACUACAAUACCCAGAGUUCUUUGAGGGAAGGAAUGUGGUUUAAAGGUAUGGUGUACACAACCUAGAAGGCUUCCCUCCUCUGCAGCCAGCAUGGCAGCACAGGCUACUAAUCUUUUACUAGGUCAGGGGGGGAAAACCAAAUACAGUACACAGUUUAGUAAAUGUUGUGAGUUGAUCUGCAAGAUUUUGCUAGAGCUAGAAAAAAGAAACCCAAAUCCAAAGAUGUUCUUUUACUCAAGAGUUUAUGCAACUUCAAAUACAUACUUGAUGCUCAGGCAGAAACCGGAGUAUUCUUGUGUAACCUGCCUAUUAUAGCACUGUAUGAACUUGCACAGACAUUUGCAGAAGAGCAUUGACUGUUUUUCCUUCUACCUUUGGAUCAUUGGAUCGAAAUCCACUGUAAUUUAGCAAGUAACCAUGUGGCUGGGAAGCUGAAUGUUUAAAUAUUAAUAGAAAGAAAUUCCAAUGCUGUUGGGGGGGGGCCCAUUUAAAUCAGGUAGAAUAUAUGGCACCUGAAAUACAUUUUGUUUAAAUCAUAGGUUGGUCAGCAUGUCGGAAGAUGUUGUGAAGAACAGUAAGGAUGGGAGGGUUCUUUGCAAAGAGCAAUAAGGUUGAUGACGAGCCCGAAAUAGCUCAGGAGGAAAUUCUCACUGCAGAAAAUGAAGAGGAAAUGUCCCUGAAGGAUUUUGAACUGCAAGAGGAGGAGCCACCAGGAAGACUGCGGCAAAUAUGUAUUUUCCCUCCACAAGGCAUAUUUGCUGAAAUAGUAACAAAUGUAGCAGCAGCAGCGCUGAUCUGGGCUGUGAUCUGGGUUGUUGUAGGCAAGGAGUGUCUUCCUGGUGGAAAUAUCUUUGGACUUUUGUUCCUCUUCUUUUCUUCUUUACUUGGUGGUAAAAUUAUGGAGUCCAUUAGAGUACCUGGCUUGCCUCCACUCCCUCGUCUUCUUGGGAUGCUGCUUGCUGGGUUUCUCAUCAGGAAUGUCCCAUACACUAGUAAACUAGUCCAGAUCAAUGUGAAAUGGGGAGCUGCCCUGCGAAACAUUGCCCUCUCAAUUAUCUUGGCUCUUGCUGGCCUUGGUCUUGACCCAAAGGCUCUGAAUAAGUUGAAAGCGAUCUGUUUCAGACUUAGCUUUGGCCCUUGCCUCACUGAAGCAUGUGCAGCAGCUGUCCUGUCCCACUAUAUCAUGGGCCUGCCAUGGGAAUGGGGGUUUAUGUUAGGGUUUGUUCUAGGUGCCGUGUCUCCUGCUAUCGUUGUCCUUUCGUUGCUGAUGCUGCAGUCCAAAGGAUAUGGUGUGGAUAAAGGCAUCCCUACUUUGCUAAUAGCUGCUGCCAGCCUGGAUGAUAUCGUGGCCAUUACAGGAUUCAACACCUUCUUGGGCAUGGCCUUUUCCAAAGGCUCUGUCUUCAAGAGUAUCCUCCGUGGUUUAAUAGAAGUUGUAAUCGGUGCAGGAACUGGUGGCCUUCUGGGAAUUUUUAUUUGGUACUUUCCAAGCAAGGAUCAGGCAUAUGUUGUGUGGAAGAGAGCAUUCUUUGUGUUGGGUCUCUCUGCGUUUACUCUUUUGGGCUGCAAGCAUUUUGGCUUUCCUGGAUCUGGAGGCCUCUGCACAAUUGUCUUGUCAUUUCUGGCUGGGCUGAGAUGGUCUGCGGAGAAGAAAGCAGUGGAAGAGAUUGUUAGACUUGCCUGGCAAUUUUUCCAACCCUUUCUGUUUGGUUUAAUCGGAGCUGAAAUAUCCGUUGUCUCUCUCGGACCAAAAAUGGUUGGAUUUUGUUUGAUCACAAUGUGUUUGGCUCUCAUAAUACGAAUGACUGCUACAUUCCUGUUGGUGAGUUUCGCUGGCUUGAACUUCAAAGAGAAAACAUUUAUCGCGCUGGCAUGGGUCCCCAAAGCAACUGUCCAGGCUGCAAUUGGUUCUGUUGGUUUAGAUACAGCCCGAGAGAUGAAGGAUCCAGUCCUAGAACAUUAUGGCCUGACCAUCUUGACAAUAGCUUUCCUGGGAAUCCUGUUAACAGCUCCAACUGGAGCUCUGGUCAUUGGCCUGGCAGGACCCAAACUCCUUCACAAGACUGACAUGGGCGAUGAAGAAGAUGGGGGGAAAGCAUCUUCGCCAAUAUAGUGAAGCGUCAGGGAAUGCCUAAAUCGGUACUCCAGGCUUCCAAGAAAUCACGGUGCCCUAUAGUGGCAUACAGUUGUCUGAAAUCCCAUGAGGAAUGCAUUGUAGGUCCUGCUAAAACAGCAACCCAAGUAGAGGAGAAUAUAGUUACAUCAAAUCGGCAUCCAGGUCUUCCUUCAUCCUUCACACAGGAAUUUUGGGUGACUGCAGCCACAAGUGGAGUAGAUCAGUGGCCUGGUUCAAAGAGACAAAUGGCCGCAGGAUGUGAGAAAGCAUUGAGGGUGGCUCGAUGAAGUGUCACUGGAAGUUUAUAUACAGAAGUCUCAACAGAAAGACAUGCCAGAAGCACCAAUCCCAGCAGUAAAUAAUCAAGAGAAGGUUCAUAGACUUUACAACCGAUAGUCAAAGCUCCCAAUGGCUUUUGCAGUAACCAAAGGCAGUUACGUUCUGGCAACAGAUGUGGAGUCUUUGGGACCAUCCAGGGAGUGUGAUGUUUCUUUUCCUAUCCUGAAUGCUUGAAACAGUGAGGUAAGGGCCCAACACACAAAUGUCGUAAUGGUGCAGUGGACAGUUGUGGAUUUUGCACAUGGAACGAACAAAGUUCAUCAAAGUUUGUCCGUGUAUUAGAUACUAAUCUGACUGGUCUGGCAUUGCAAAGAUUUAUAUCCUCUGCCAUCGAUUCCCCAUCUACACGUUAUAAUGUUAAAACAGCAACCACCACCCAGCGAAAGUAGUAGCUUCAGAGCUGCCUGCCGGCCUCUUUGACCUAAUGGGUUGAAUUGGAUCCAGGAAGAACUGUUGGAGUCUUUUUGGCUUCUUAUGAAUAUACUUGCAGAGGAGAGAAGAAUGAGGAGGGCAGCAGGAAACGACUGCUAUUGGAUGAAGGAUGUGUGAUCCUGCUGGGAUGAAUACGGAGUAUUUUUCUUUUUACAGCUUUUACAGUUGCUGGCAAUCACGCAUAUGUGUGUGUUCUGUAAAACGAAAGGGUUGCUGAAAUUCCAGAGGAUACACGAGUUUUAGGACUCAAAAAACUAGAUACUAGCAAAACUUGAGUCAAGAGCUGCAUGUGAACCUUAGAAUGCUGCCUCCAAUUUCACAAGUGUGGGGAGUGUAUUACUUUAAAGAUUUUGCAGAAUCAUACAUAUGUCAUUUAGGAAAACCUUUUUUUCCAUACCCAUGAAUAUUGCAUGGGUUUCUUUUUGGUGUUUUUUUUUUAAAGAGCAAUGUUGGGCAUGGGUUAGAAAGA